CGUCACAUCAAGCCAAGGCGUCUUGGCGGCUCGUCACAAAUGGGUCACAACCACUGCAGACAUGAACGAAGUAACGGCUAAGUACAUGGCGUACGUGUUGUACGCCUUAAUACUGGUACACAUUAGAACUACUAUGGCUCUUGUGGCUAUGGUGAUAUUCCAAAGCAGACAGCAACAGCGAACGCUCAUCGAGUGUGCCAUGAACACGACGUAUGCUUUUUCCAUUCGACUAUCAAAGUCCUCUCGGAAUUGCUGGAUGCGAGUCAGAAGCAAAGACUGGUGGGAGAGAGUGGUUUUAACAGAAUUUUCUGACAGCGAAUGGAGAGAAACUUUUCGAAUGUCGCGAGCUUCAUUCGAUAAACUUUGUGGAUUAAUGGAAGGAGUUUUGAGUCCGGAGGACAAGACCGUUCGUGCCCCGAUUCCGCUUCAGAUGAGGGUUGCCAUUGUUCUGUACAAGCUCGCUGGUUCUGCGGAAUACAGACUUGUUGCUAGCCAGUUUGGCGUUCACAAGUCCACCGUGAAGAAGUUUGUGUACUGCUUCUGCAAGGGAAUGACCUCCUCAGUGAUACACAGCCUUAUUAAAGUGCCUACAGUGGAGGAAGCCAUCGAUAUCGCACGUCGGUUCGAACAGAAGUUUAACAUCCCUCAGAUCCUUGGCUGUAUCGAUGGGACUCACGUUCCAGUUUUGCCUCCAAGUGACGGAUACAAAGACUUUCUGAACCGCAAUGGAUGGCCUUCAUACGUACUUCAAGCAGUGGUGGACGACAUGUAUCGGUUUUGGAACAUCAACUGCAAGAUGCCAGGACGUGCACAUGAUGCCAAUGUCCUCAGACAGUCAGCGUUAUUUGCACAGGCACAUCAGUUACCAAAGGCGAGAUGUUCCCCGAGUGCUCUCCCACUUACCUGGAAGUCCUGCUAGAGCUCCACCAAUGUACUCUCGCAUCCAAAGUCCCCUCAAAGAAGGCACCUCAUCCUCUGCGUUGCAUGGUUUCGAUUCAUUCUCUGACACCGCCUUCCUUGGCUUUACCGGCCUUUCCGGAAAGUUCUGUUUUGGAGAGUUCACCCUGCAGUCGAGGGCGACACCAGAGCAGCAAGCAUGGCCGCCGACCAGGAGCCUUCAUUCACCGUCAAGCUGACCCAGCUGCUGCUGCUCUCCACAUACUGGGGGAUGCAGAUUUGGGUCACCUUCAUUUCAAGCUUUGUGAUGGACAACCACCUGAACAGACACACGUACGGCUUCAUUCAGAGCCGCCUGGUUCCCUUCUACCUACACCUGGGCUCCGCUUGCGCCUUCUUCAACCUCACCAUCUAUGCCAUCUAUCAUCCCAGCGACAUGCUAGACGACAGAGAGGCCUUCCAGAUCUUCAUCUUCUUCGUGUCGGUCACCAUCGCGGCCAUCAACGCCCAGUGGUUCGGCCAGAUGACGUCGGAGAUCAUGGCCGACAUGCACCUUGUCGAGCAGGCGUGCGGACUGGGCCAGGACAUCGGCCUAUCGUCCAAUCGCGAGGCGUACGCCAAGCUGUGCGAGACGGACGCCAAGUACCGCCACCUGAGCGGGCGCCUGUGGCUCUACAGGCUGCUGUCGGCGCUCUGCAACAUCUGCUGCAUCGCCUGCAACUUCUACAGCCUCAGCUACAUGGCCGAGAACCUCAGGGCGCUGUGAUGCCGACCCACAGACUCUUCAUUCCCUCCAUCAAGGCCACUUGUUUUUUUUUUUUUAUAAGGAGUAAAUUAUAUAUUUAAUACAUCUGUGCCUUAUAAUUCAUGAAAGCAUGCACUAGAUUUGACUACUUCACCACUUGCCUUGUGAGAGCAAAUGUGCCUUCACCAAAGUAAACAUUAGUGAGUUGCUGCUGCCCAGUCCUGCUCCUCCUGUUUGGGUAGAACCCACGCCCAAAGGCAAGUUUUUUUUGUUGUUUGUUUGUUUGUUUCUCCGGGCUGGCAGCAUGUACUACACCUUUCACAAGGUGAACAUCAAAACUCUUGAGGCGAAACACUGUCAGACGUUCACAACCAUCAUUAAGCAUACUGCUCACAUCCAACAUGUUCAAGCAUCUGCUCCUAUGAAAGCGACAGUAAUAAGAAAGCAAAGUGGUCAGAUUUUUGUUUUAUUUGUAAAGUAAGGAGUUGUUCUCUUUUUCAAUUACAGUUUAAUUUAAAUGUAUUUAAUCUAUUGUACUGUAUUUUACAUGUCCGUGUGUUCUGUAUAUACUGCGAGUGACUGAGGAGUCUAGGAACCGAACUCGUACAUAACCCAAGGACCACCUGUAAAUCAAAAAUGUAUAAAUGAUUUUUAAAAAAAUUGUACAUAGUGAGCAGUGGAGGCAGUACUCAAUGCAGGUACUAGGCUGCAGUGGUUGCUUAGGAUCUGUUUUGGUGCUAACUUGGAGGGCCUUCAACAAGUUCUGUUGGAACGUAUGAAGCAAGGCUAGGAACUGCUGAGAUGAAGGGUGUUUGUCUUGAGCAGUUGGCAUGUAAAGUGCAUGACUCCCCAGGUUGUGUGUGUAAGGGAGGCACGUUUUUCAAGUUAAGCCUUAAAGGAAAACUGCAAUUUUGGGGGGAAUUUGCCCAUCAUCCACAAUCCUUAUGUAAGUCAUGAACACACUUCUCUUUUCUGUCUUCUUAAGUUAUAAAAACAGCUAAAAAGAGGCAACUUAUUAAUGCACAGAACUCGACACACCUAUUCCACCUGCAAAGCCCGCUUUUACAACACCCCCAAGGUUUUAUAUACAUGCCGUGACCAUGUAGUAACAGCUACAUUCCCAACAUAUACUGUAGUACUUACAGUAUUUUGCCCUACUGUGGUCAUUUUAAGUAUUACCGGUUCUUCCUUCCCGGGUGCAUUGAUUUCACAUAGCAACAGAAACAAACGCAAACACUAGGGUCAACUUUUCCAACAAUGUUAAAAACAAUGCCUCUGUAGCUUGGUUAACAUGCAGGUCAUAUUAUGUAAAUGCCGUAUUUUUGGUGUUUUUUUUUCAGAAGGCUUUAUAGGCGGAAUAGGUGUGUCUCAUUACAUGCAUUCUUAGCCAUCUCUUAUGUUUUUAUAUCUUUAGAACGCACUGAAGAGACGUGCGUUCAUGUCAUAAGGAUUGUGGAUGAUGGGCAAAAGGUCCGAAAGUGCAGUAGGUGAUCAUGUUUUGACCUUUGACUGCAUCUAGGACACAUAAAUGGCAACAACAAUGCAAUAUUACAUAUUUUUACUAUGUAUGUAAAGUUUGGGGUUUUAAGCUCUUUUCUUGAGGUGUGGAAAAUAAGAUUGUCAGAAAGCCACAAGUUGUGUGGAAUAAUUUCUGUGGAUUUGAUGAUGUUCUUACUCAGGAAACACGUAUGUCAAUUAUAAGGUAAAAAGCCAAAGCCGCAAAAACUUGUCUUGUGAUCUGUAAACCUUCUGGGGACAAAAAUUAAACUUCAAACAUGAAGCAAGCUCAGCAAAGUUGAAAAAAGAGCAAGUGGCUCAUCUUUUUAUUCAAAAUGUGCUGACAUGCUCAUCUCAUUUAAAACCUUUUUUUGUACAAAUCCACACUGAAAUCAAAUUCAUGGGAACUCCUGCUACAGCAUUCACAAAUUGAUAAAAAAAAAUUGUAGCAGACUAUUAAGAAUGUAGAUAUUCAUUGAGAAUUUGGUUGUAGACAAAAUGGUGAGGCAGGCUGCUCAGAUAAAAGUGCCCCGACUGUAGCUUUACCGUGUACCGUUACUGCAUAGAGAGCCCACCACACACACUGUACAUCAUGUAGCACUAAGUGUACCGUCUCCCAAACUUAAAGCCGAGGCUGUGUAACAGUGCAUGUGCAAACAUAACGUAACAGACUAUUAAAGAGUGCACCGUUUGACAGUGUCAAUGCAUUGAAGGCAUCCUAUGUUACAUUCUUGUAAACAGCUAGGUCACAAAAUAACAGCCGACUGUGUGUAUGUUAUGUAACAUCUCUAGGAAUGUCAAAUAUGUCUCCCUUUUCAACACCAACAAUAUUAAAAUACAAAUAUAAAGACAAUACCAUCUCUUAAAAAAAAUCUUGUAACCAUAGUAGCAACAGGAGGCAACCAUCAGUUCCCUU